CCAUGUAAUACUAAUUGUAAUGGUGGUUGUAUCCAGAAUAAUGGUAAUUGUGAAGCUUGUAAUGAUGGUUAUUGGGGUAUAAAAUGUCAGUCACAAUGUCCUACAAACUGUAGACUGUCUAAAUGUGAUAAGAACAAUGGUUAUUGUAGUGAAUGUAAGAAUUAUAACUGGGGAGAUAAAUGUGAAGAGCUAUGUUCAGUUAACUGUAAAUAUCAUUCCUCUAUUACUUGUUAUAAAACUAGUGGUAAAUGUAACUCUGGUUGUAAAGAUACAUGGUAUGGUGAUACAUGUAAUAAUAAAUGUAGUUCUAAGUGUAAACAGAGUAAAUGUUAUCAAGAUACAGGAAGAUGUACAAGUUGUAAAGCGGGAUAUUAUGGAAACCAAUGUACCGAACACAAAACAAUAAUCCAUUGUAAUACAGGAUGGUAUGGUAAUCAAUGUCAGACUAAGUGUAAUAGUAAUUGUAUCAAUGGAUGUGAUCAAACUACAGGAAGAUGUACAAGUUGUAAUACAGGAUGGUAUGGUAAUCAAUGUCAAACUAAUUGUAAUACAGGAUGGUAUGGUAAUCAAUGUCAAACUAAGUGUAAUAGUAAUUGUAUCAAUAGAUGUGAUCAAGAUACAGGAGAUUGUUUAGAUGGUUGUAUUGAUGGUAAAAGUGGCAGACAGUGUACUGAGGCUACAGGUAAUAGUUAUAAUUUUAUUUACUUUUGGGUGAAAUCCACUAUAUUUUAUUGA